GGUGUAAGCACGUUAUCCAUUUCCACACAACACUUUUGAUACUUUGGUCAUGUGUGGCCGGGAACCCCCACUUUAAGAAGCACAAAAAUUAAAUGAAAAAGUGUCCUUUUUGAACCAGGAAAUAUGGCUAAUCUUUACAUAUGUUGCUGCUUUGCCAAUUCAUCAAUUACUCCAAAAAUUUCACAAUUUAAUACGAUAAAUUUUAACAAGGGAAAUGGUCCAUUGAGUGUCCAGAGAUUUAUAGCUUCCGCUGCAAAGUCCGGAGGCUUUUCACUCAAAUCAAUUGUGAAUAGGUGCGAGGGAUGUGGAGGUCAAGGUGCAAUAGAGUGUCCCGGAUGUAAGGGAACAGGAAAGAAUAAGAAGAAUGGGAACAUUUUUGAAAGAUGGAAGUGUUUUGAUUGCCAAGGGUUUGGGUUGAAGAGUUGUCCAGUUUGUGGAAAAGGAGGACUGACUCCAGAACAACGUGGUGAAAGAUAAUAGGCAUGGAUACAAUUUCUUAAUAUCUCUCUCUUUUAUGUUUCUGAUACGAUAAGCCAUUAUAAUGAGGAAAAAACACGUUCCUCCCCGUCUUUCAAGUGCCACACAUAUGUAUCAAUAGUGCGACUUCAAUGUCAUAAGAUUAAUUAUUUAUAUUUGAUACCAAACAAAUUUUACUA